AUGGACUGCCCGGAUCUAUCUCAGAACCACGGCAUACUCAUGCGAAAAUUCUAUGUCGAGAAUAAUGGUGUUCUUCAGCAGUCAACCUUCCCUGCACAUAUAGAUCAUGUAAACCUGGCACAACACAAAGACAGUCGCGGGAAGGAGCCACAGGAGAGUUUUCUAUUGAAUGCAGGCCCGGCGCCAGUGGACCAGCAACAUGAUCAAGCCGGCUUUAAUAUAUCCGCCGAAGUCCCCGGGAAUUCGUUUCUGAAACGGUCAUGCAAGUGGGUUUUAAUCGAUUUUUUGUGGUUUCGAUUGACUAACGCGGUCUAUAGUAAUUGCGGAACGAUCAGCACUCCACUUUGGCGCCGGUCACCGGCAGGAGACAUGAUUUGCAAUGCUUGUGGCCUUUAUCUGAAAGCCCGCAAUGCUGUUCGCCCUACGAGAACGAAGCCAAUGCAGCAGGAGUGCGCUGAAAAUACUGCUCCUGCUAACUACCCUUCCGCAUCUUCAGCGCACGGACCAAAUACGCCAUCAUAUAGGACUUGCUAUGGCACCAGAGGUUCCUGCCCUGGGAGCGAAAAUUGCAACGGGACUGGUGGCACAGAAAGCUGCGAAGGAUGCCCGGUAUAUUAUAACCGCACUUACAAAUCUGUGCAUCGGGGUAAGUUUGCUAUUUGCCGUGGCCAGACAUCAGGGUCUCAGCCUGGCUCGGCUUCAACAGCAACAGGGGCGAACACCGUUCCUGAUAAUAUUUCAAAGUUAGUUGCAUGCGAUAAUUGCGGAACAAACGUAACGCCCCUUUGGCGGCGAGAUGAACAUGGACAUCCUAUUUGCAAUGCUUGUGGUAAGUCGGAAAACCGUUCCAUUCUUGUUUUCAUCAAGAGCGCCAUUCGGUUGACGGAAAUAAGGACUUUAUUUCAAGGUCCACGGCUGCUUUCGCCCGGUGGUGAUGAAAAAGUCCAUUGUCAGGCGGCGUCAGCGGCAAACGCCAAAAUUUAG